UCGCAUUUCAGCCGUUCUCUCUGUGUGCUUAUUCGACCAAGACGUUUUUCCUACCGGAGCCGGUUGCGCGUGUGCUGAUAUCUACGAAUUCCUGAGGUUUUUUCGUAAGAUCAUUCAUUGUUCGUUUCGUAAAAACGAUACAGAAAAAAACACGGCGCAUGGCUUAGACAGCUCUAUUUGUUUAUGCUUGCGUUAGAAUAAAAUGUGAUAUCGUUAAUAAUUUAAAGUAUGAAAUUUGUGAUCGCGGUUUGGCUCGUUGAAAGUUUUCUGUUGUCGCCUUUGUUCAAGCCUUGACGUAAGUCACUGACUGAAAGUCGUUAGAAUCUGGAGGAGACCUUCAACGCAUUGCAUCCGGUUGGUGUUGUAGGUCCAUAAAUAGACCAUUUGUUUCUAUUUCUUUGGCCGCCUCUGUUAUGAUUGUGAAGUGCUUCUGAGUUUUCUAUAUUUACCCAUGACAGUGUUGUAGAGGACCUUGUCUUGGAAACACAAUUCCACAACACAUGUUUUCCUGGUUCACGAUCGAAACACUUAUUACCGACUAAUUAUACGUUUAAUAGUCUGGAAGUUAAAUUUCAAGUCAGCUUCACAUGUGCCUUGGUAAAUAUUGUGUUUUUUCGAAUUCUCGAAAUCCAUUAAGUGUGCAAGAAUUAUGCCGACAUCAAGUGCCAGUUUUCAGCGGAAUAUAGUGAACCCGGUUGAAGUUGGAGAUCGUUUUGUCCUAACCUCGAUUUUAUCUCUCCGGUAGAUGCUGUAGACGCGAGGGAUCUUCUGCUCUCUCACUCUCAAGUGAAUGAUUUCGGUGUCUAUUUUUACAACGUUGAAAAGUGUAGAAGCGUGCAUAGCAGCGGUCCCCCAUAUUCUAUUACGUUUUUUGGUGUGGUUGUUUAUAAAAAAGUGCAAUUGGCAGCGUAAAAUAUGUGCAUUCAUUAGCGAAAAGAAAAAGUGUACGAAAAUUGGAAAUCCAGAGUAAAAAAUCUGUGAAUGAGAGGUGUGGCAGCACGCGAUAGUAAUUUUUCUAGGUUAGUGAUCGGGGUUCAGUGAUCUUGUGCAUGCAAAUCGUUCUGGCAAGUGAAUCGGUGUUGUUUUCGAAAGAAAGAAAUGUGACAAGUGAAAUUUUCUUAAUUUUUUUUGCAACGGAGUGCAAUGCUACGGGGUAAGAAAAUCAGAACGCAAGAAGAAUAAACAAUUCGCCCAUCAAUCACCGAGUGGUCGCUGAUUUCCUACUUUGUAUCUGGACGUUGCGGCUCCGUGUCAAGAGGUAUUAGCCAUACAUACUUAAGCUUGAGUGGCCUGCGCAGUAUUAGCGGGACGCACGAUGUUUCCACAAUUAAUCUUUACUCUGGUGCUGGCCCAUGUAGCCUUUGCUGCCCCAUCGGGAAGAAUUGUCAACGGAACGGAUGCCUCGAUCGCAGAUUAUCCCUUUAUGGUGUCCCUGCGUGGUAGCACAGGGCGCCACUCGUGCGGUGGAUCCAUCCUGAAUGAGCGAUGGAUUUUAACGGCGGCACACUGUGUCAACGAUCACACCACUGCGUUGGUCCAAUCGAUCCAGGUGGGACGGUCGGACGUUUCCACCGCAGUGGACGAUUCCGUGUACCUCAUUGCGGACGUGAUUAUACAUCCGCAUUACGAUGCUGCCAACAGCUACAUUGAUGAUGUGGCGUUAAUUAAGCUGCAAAAGCCACUAGUGUUCAGCGACACCGUUCAACCCGUCAUACUCCCGACGAAGUACGAAGAGAUGGCGGAGCCGGAUCUGGAUGUUACCCUGAUUGGCUGGGGAAGGUUGGAAACGGAUGGGGAGCUGCCAACUACACUGCAAAAAGUUGACUAUGCCGUUGUACUCAAUAGGGAGUGUAACCAGCUGCACAGGAGUCACAUUUUUCCAAGUCACAUCUGUGCUGCUUUUCCUGGUGGCGGUAAGGGGCAGUGCAAUGGUGAUUCGGGAGGACCUCUACUGUACAAGGGCGUUCAGGUUGGUAUUGUCUCGUGGAGUGUCAAACCGUGUACCGUUGCCCCGUACCCUGGAGUGCUAACCAAGGUGUCCUACUAUAUUGAUUUUAUAACAAGAAAUAUUUCUGGCUGACAAAAUCAAUGUCAAAUAAACUAGAACGGUUGACCACGUUGUUAACGAUGCAGCAACACUCUUCCGAAUCUUUGGUUUCUAGCCAGACAAGAUUAUCAGUUUGAUAAAGUUACUAUCAAGAAAUACGUGUACAACGACGCGUCGUCAUAAUUGCUGCCAACAUUUUUUCUAGAUGAUUUCUGUCUCAAUUUGAGUUAUUUUAUCUGACUCGAUUAGUAUGACAUUGUGCCCGCUGAUUUAAAACAUUGAUAAUUUUUGGGUUAUUGACGACGAUUGUUAACCACAGAUAGCAACGCAUUGUUUUAAAAAAAUGUAAGUAAGUAAAUUGAACGUUACUUGUUUAUUGAAACAGAUUUUUGCGAUUACAGCG